GCGAUUGACCUGCAGAUCACUUACUAAAUAGCGCAGCUAUCAAGCAGAUAGAUGCAUUUUAGCACUGCAUCACGUGUGAUCCAAACGCCUUCUGACGCUUCCCCUCAUUUCAUCGAUUGGGGGUAGCAUUAUCAGGCCCGACGCACAGUGAAGAUGUCUUAUCAUGACGAAACACAAUGCGCAGCGCCUUUAGUCGGCAUUCAUCGGCCGCCGUUCGAAACCAAUAAAGCUGCGUCUGCUCGCAGCCUCAUCACCAUGUCGUUUACCAACAUUCAAGACUUGUCAAUAUCAGACUAAGAGUAACAAUCAUGGGUAGCGAACUAGACUAUAAGAUCUUUCAGCUGGGAGACUUCAAGCUCGUUUCAGGCGAGAGCAUUCCAAAUGCCUUCAUCGCCUACAAGACCUUUGGUGAUCCAUCGUCCCCCGCCGUCAUUUACCCCUCUUGGUUCAGCGGUUUAAUCUCAGACAACGAAUGGCUUGUUGGUGAAGACAAAGCCCUCGAUCCCCGUCGAUAUUUUAUUAUCAUCCCAGCCAUAUUCGGGAAUGGGCAGUCCAGUAGUCCAUCCAAUAUUCCUCGAGAGUCCCCACUCAAACCGUUCCCUAAUAUCACCGUGAAGGAUAAUGUUACGGCACAAUAUCGACUUGUAACCGAGGGCCUGGGCGUCCAGCACGCACGGAUGGUCCUGGGAUGGAGCAUGGGCGCUGGACAAACUUACCAGUGGCUGACACAAUAUCCAGACUUUAUGGAUCUAGGCGUACCCUUUUGCGGAAGCGCUCGCACUUCGCUGCACAACCAAGUCUUUCUCGAAGGCGUCAAAAGCGCACUACUUGCUGCUAAGGGGUCCUCAUCGGCUGGCAGUGCAGCUGGUGAGUUGGCUAAGACGUACCGGGUGUGGACUGAAGAAGAGAAAGUCUCUGGGUUGAAGGCAUUUGGUCGAGUAUAUGCAGGGUGGGGAUUUAGUCAAGCCUUCUAUCGUUCCGCCAUAUAUGAGAAAGAAUUGGGAUACAAGAAUCUUGAGGAUUUUAUGAUAAAUUUCUGGGAAUCAUGGGCUCUUUCCAAAGACCCUGAGAACUUGCUCACCAUGCUUCAUACGUGGCAGGCUGCUGAUUGUUCAGAUCAAGAGCCGUAUAACAAAAACUUUGAGCUUGCCAUGAGAAGUAUUAAGGCCAAAACAUUUGUUCUACCAGGCAAGACAGACUUGUACUUCCCCCCGGAGGAUUCGGAAUACGAGGUACAAAAUAUGACUAAAGGCAUUGGGGCUUGUAUUCCGUUCCCAUCAGUUUGGGGUCACUGGGCGGGCGGUCCGGGUGUGAGCAAGCAGGACAUGAAGUGGCUGGAUGACCAUCUGAAGGCCUUCUUGGAAGACGAAAAGUGGCAACUGGACGUCAGUAAUUUAUCGUAGUAUAACACUAUGACACAUCUAGUGAAAAUAAACUCUUUUGGUAGAGUAUGCACCAGUACGCACCCCUGAAGAGGAGUGAGACACGCCUCUGGUCUUGUACAUGCUGGCAGAAACAUUCCGAUAAUAUCCAAACCAGC